CAGAAACCUGCGCAUCGACUCGCAGCAGAUGACGAAGUGUUGCUCUUCUGGCAAUCCCGUACUAAUGCUUGUUUCUGGCCACUUGCUAGUGUGACGUCACGGAGUAAACGCAUAAACUUUAUCUUACUGGGCAGCAGUGCUGACGUAUGCUUCAACGAAACUUGUCAAAGUAACUGUGAUAUUCACGACUGGCCAGUGCUUUUCCAGAUACCUGCUCGCUGAAUCAGAGGUGGACCAGCUUUUAUGCGGUCUUUUGAACAAGCUGUGAUUCGUGGCGGCUAAAAAGCUGUGGCACUGAUAUUAAGCACUGGCCUUCCGUCUGGUAUGCGUACAACAGCUGUCUCCGUUAAAUCCAGUUGCACAGUUAUUUAGUGACAAGUUCUGUCUUGUGUCGGAAAGAAGAGCAAUGACACAGUUGUCACGGUCGUCCUGGAAAAGACAGCACCGGCGUCUGCUUAUAACACACCCGACGUGCCAUGACUGUGCAAAAUGGAGUGACCCGUCGUAUGCUGGCAAUCAUCGCCAUCUGCUUUAGCGACGACAAAGGUUACGUCAUCGUUGUGAUCUGUAACACUGACGAUACACCGUCUGAAGCUUCUGGGACGUGACAUCAUCACAGUUACUAAAACAAACACACCAGACGGUGCAUUGUGCCUUCGGCGAACUAUCGCUAUAAUACACGAGACCAAAUGCGAUCAAAGUGUGGUAGGACAGACUAGUCUGUAGUGAACUGAAGCAGCAGUCAACAUGGCGAACCGGAAAGCACCGGCCUCGGAAAAUGGCGACGAAGCGAAGGUGCAGCGGCUACUGGUGGCGCUAAGGGUGCGGCCCAUCCUGCCAUCAGAGGUCGACAAAGGAUUGACUUGCAUUGCUCACAAGAUCGACGACAAGACGGUGCUGCUGGUUGACCCGCAGAGCUCCGAGUCCAGCGACAAAAGCCGGAACGGGAGCAGUCAGCGAAAGGUGGUCAGUCACCGGUACACCUUCGACUGGACACUGGACGAGAGGAGCUCGCAGGAGGAAGUAUACCGGCAAGUUGGCAAGCCUCUGGUCGAGAACCUACUACAGGGUUUCAAUGGAGCAGUGUUCGCAUACGGAGCCACGGGCGCCGGCAAGACUUACACCAUGGUCGGCACCGACAAGAGCCCCGGUCUUAUGGUGCGGGUGUUCGACGACAUCUUCCAGUUCGCAAAGCAGAACGACGCCACGACGCGCACCAGCGUUCUCAUCUCGUACAUGGAGAUAUACAAUGAGAACAUCAGGGACCUGCUCAACACUUCCAACAACUACCUGGAGCUGCGGGAAGACCCCAUGGGUGGCAACCAAGUCCUGGGACUCUCCGAGGUGGAAGUCACCAACUCUUCAGAGGUCUUACGGCUUCUGCAGAAGGGUAACAAGCGGCGCACCGUGGAGCCGACGGCGGCCAAUCAGACGUCGUCGCGAUCUCACGCCCUCUUGCGGGUCUCCAUACGUCAGUCGAGCAAGGACGUCACCGACGCGGACACGACUCGGCACCGCGUCGGCAAGCUCUUCAUGGUCGACCUGGCCGGCUCCGAGCGCGCCUCCAACACCAAGAACACCGGCAUGCGGCUGAAGGAAGGAGCCCACAUCAACAAAUCACUCCUGGCACUAGGCAACGUGAUCAAUGCCCUUGCUACACGGAAUCCCAAGUACGUCAACUUCCGUGACAGCAAGCUGACCAGGCUGCUCAAGGAGGCGCUGUCCGGCAACUGCCGCACUGUCAUGGUGGCCCACAUAUCGCCCGCCUCGGCUCACUACGACGAGUCCCGCAAUACGCUCGUCUACGCCGAGAGGGCGCGCAACAUCACCAACAAGGUCCGCUGCAACCUGGUGGACGUGUCCCACCACGUGAAGCAGUACCAGAGCAUUAUCACUGAACUGCGACAGGAGAUUCAGAAGCUACAGGAUAGGAUAGAGAUGAACGACUCCGCGGCGUCCAGGGAGCCUCCGUCUCCUUCGGCAACCUCCCCGGACGACGCGUCGGCUGACAAUAAGAUGGCCGCCAACGGACACAACGACAACAGAUCGACGGAAGACGAAGAAGAGGCGUUGCGUCACAACGGGGCUAGCGACGAGAAUAAUGACGGCCGCCAUAACCACCACCACCAACACAGGGAAGAACAGAGGAGGGCCGACUCUGCCGCCAGGGAGCGCCACCUGCACAACGACAAGGCCGACGCCGACCGGGAGAUCCGCGAACUACGCGCGGAGCUCAUGGAGGCUUUCAACCGGCAGAUGGAAGUCAGACGCAAGAUGAUGGAGAUCGACAACUUCCUUCUCGCGCUCAGCACCGACCUUGAAAAGCUCAGCAUCGUCAUCAACCAAUGGGAGACGCAGAAGGCCAAGUACGAAGCAACAGAAGGCGAAGGUUCGCCAGAAGAGGAGCCCGGCUACAUCCGGCAAGCCUGGGAGGACAUCGAGUACAUCCAGGGAGAGCAGCAGAAAUUCCUUGCCAUGCGCGAGGACGUCGAAAAGGAGUUCGAAGAGGCCAGGGAACACACUUAUAGGCUCACAGAGAACUUGCCCAAUGUCGCCAGCUCAGAGGAGCAGCGUGAACUCCUCAGGCUACUCACUCAAGUCCACAAGCUCGAAGUCGAAAAGAUCGAGAUGCAAACUGACCAGUUGAUUAGGGAGCACGAGCUGAGGCAGCGAGACCUGAUGAUCGUGCGGUACGAUCGCCAGCGGUUGCUAUGCGACGAGAUCAUUGGCAAGCAGAAAGUGCUCAUUGACGAACUGUCUUCCGGCAUGCGGCGGCGAAAAGCUAGAAAUGCCCAAGCCACCAGGGAAUUGAAUGAACUGUAUCGCAUCUACCAGCAAGAAAUCCAAGACCUGAGCACGGGUCGGGACUCCGUCAUGAAACAUCUCAACGUUAACCCUUAUAGGCCCAACUCUGUCCUGGGACUCCGGCCUCUGGGCUCCAGCGAGAGCAUGUGGGACCUGACCCACAUGGAGCCGCUUCGAGAAGAAGACGAUCGGGCCGACACACAAGGCGUUCCCUUGUCCAGUCAGAGCGACAACGUGGCGGUCAGGAGACACGAGGCUGUACGCGCUCACCGAGACGCCAGGGGACGAGGAGGAGAAGGAGAAGGAGCAGGAGCGAGGUCGGUACGCAGCACCCGCCAUGGCCAGCACCACGGCAUCAACGGGAGCCGCAGCAGCAGCAGCGACAGCCUCUCGGAGCCGCCGCACACACCCGGAGGUCGUCUGCUGUCACAACUGCCUCCCGUGGAGUUGACAAACUACGUCAGCCACCGGAGCGACAUCGAGGAGAGCACGAGGCGCAUAUCGAGCCUGGCCGCCCAGAGGAGGUUCCUGCGCACGGCCGAGCACUCGCGUAGCGAGUGGAACGAAAGUACAUCACCGGGAACACCGCAGGUGCGUCGUUACGUGGGUUCCCAGGCAGGCUCCGUGCCGUCGUCGGUCCUGGCCAACGGCACGUCGUCUGCGCUGGAUCGGAGGCUUCUGCAUCCGGCCUAUCGAAGGGAAUCUCUCGAGUCUUUGCCACAGUUGCAAGACAACUACCACAGGACACAGAGGAAAAAAGAUGCGAUGCUACGCUCCCGUGUCCUGCGAACUGUCGGCAGCACCAGCGCCACCAGCCGCUGGUCUCUACCGGCGAGAAAAGCGACGGCCACCGUCAGGCGAGGCCAUGCCCACUCCCGCAUCACGCUGCAAGACGUGCUACGGUUCUACGUGGAACGCUGACGUGUGUGCGCGUGGACGAUGUGACGUCAUCAUUGGGCGGACCUCGCUUCUUUCCACGCCUAUGCCUGUGACGGCCACCCUAAGGCGAGGCCACGUCCACGGAAGCAUCACGCUGCAAGACGUGCUUCGGUUCUACGUGGAACGCUGACGGCGUGUGCGGGUGGACUAUGUGACGUCACCAUUCGGCGGACAUUAUUUCUUUCUCUGUCCAUGCCUGUGACUGAAGGCAUCUUGAGGAAGAGUGACCGGAAAAGACAGCGGGCCCUUUCUGCCCAUGGUCAUGACCGCAUUCCCUGUAUAAACAUCUCUAGAGCCCCUGUCUCUGAGGCCUUCAGCAGGCUACGUUAUCGCAGAGCCAGAUGUGUACAAUUUCGCUGAUUACACCUACAUAGUCUACGUAUGUGAUGGACAGGUGUGGUGCUCCAAAUCAUGACCCAAUUGAACGGUGCGAAGUGUUCGUCAGGCACUCGGUGUUUACGAGAAGGUUUUUGAUUGUGAUGUCUGUACAUGUACACUACCUUAGAUUGCUGGUCUGUACCCAGUAUUGUUUCUUAUUGCUGCUGGCAAGAAGCGAUUGCAAUGACACUUAAAAAACAAUACGGGAGCCGCAUAGCUAUGACUCAAGGUCACUGAUUCUCUAAACAAGGUGACAUGGAAAACGUGCGCUUACAUACACAUAGCAGUUCCGUCCAGUGUGUAUUGAAGCACAGAUAGCUUGUAACAUGAAGGUGGCACGGUGUACAGUCGUCUCUGUUCGAAUUUAUAUACUAUGUUUGUAUGUGUCUAGCAGUGCUUGAAAUAGUGUGCCUACUCCUUAUAACCUAAGUCACAUCACAACAUAUUUUUUUUGUUACAUGCCUGAUGCAACGCAUUAGCGUAGGAUUGAAACAUGAAACGUACACAAACAUGAAGAGGCAAAGCCGUUCAGUGUCUAGUUCUCAAUUAUAAAAGCAUAUCCUGCUAACUAGAGCGCCCCGUUGCUUGUCCUUGGGUGUGUGUCAUUCGCGUGAACGACAGCGAUGAAUUCUUUAUUGAGCUCCUCAACGUGACUUGCUAAUACGCAGCUACUACUUCAAGUUAAAUCGACGUUUGCUUUUCCGGUAUGCCUCUGUGUAAGCCUGUCACCUGCAGUUGUCGAGAAUUGUUCUCGCAUGAUCGUCAAAAAGAGCACUGACUAAUCGUUCAAGCGUUAGGCUAACCUGUGUUCAUUAUUUGUGCUUAUUUUAUAGCGCAACGGCCAUUUUUUCCUGUGAGAGUAGUCUUCUUAAGCGGGGAAAUACGGCGGGAAGCAGAAGGGGAUCGAGGCGACGUCUUUAUAAAGUAACCUUAGGUAUUGGCUUUCUAUGACUUAAGAAAUUUUUAGUAGCCCAUGAUCUGGUCGUGUAAGUAGUACAUGGCUGCAAAAAAGCAAAAUAUACUUCCCGAAGACAGGCAAAAUUCGAAUUAUUGUAGAACGAAAUCUUCCGGUCCCCCUACGCUAACGAGUAAAACAAGGAAAUACAUUCAACUAAUUGACGUCAAACGACGCUGCUGCUCUGAGGUGCCCGGACUGAUUGUACAAUAUGUAAGGCUUCGUUUUGCGUAGUAAUGUCAAACUUUCUCUCGCCAAAUUACUGUAAAUAGAGUAGGUAAGGAAAAUAUCUUCAAUGUAUAUUGAUCCGAAGUUUCUCUCGAAUGAUCCUUUAGAAAAUUCACCAUGAAAGCUCCUUGCGAACUGUCGACUGAAACACUACGUUUCGAGCAGGAAAGGGUUUUGUACACUUCAUGACGUUCAAAUUUCACUGUUAACAUAGAAGCAAGCGAAAUGAACAUCUCUGGGGAUCUGCAUCCCUACGCAUAACAUCUGCGAAUAAACAGGACCUCAUAGCAAGUUUUCUUCAUCAAUAUCGCUUACUGCGCAGCUUUGACCUCAUGAGCGGGCACACCAUUGAUGUCUCUUGUACCGAUGUUUUACCAAUGCUGAUUAUACUGCAAAAUGAGGCUGAAGUCCGUUUUGCAUGAAAAUAAAGGCGGGGCUGCCGUUUAAGCACGACGGUGAGCAAUGGCCUGUCAUGGUGUAUUUAGUUACAGGACCAAUGCCUAACCAUUUCAUCGGUGUUGCAAACAUCAAAGCUUCGUGUUCUACAAUUUCGCCACCUGACCAUAGAAUUGAUGACCGAGCUGACCGCCAGGCGGAAAUAUGGUGCUGCAAUCUCUAAAGCCUUUAGGAAUCAAACAUUGCGCGGUUUUUUGUACGAUGUGGGAAGGCUUCUCGAGCUCUUCACGGCUUCUGUUGCUGCCAAUGCAACUAAGUUGUGUCGCGUAAGGUAGUUGCAACGUUUUUCAGAGUAGGCAAUGGCUGUUACACGCUGAGCAAAUAUAAAUAAUCAACUCGUGGUCAUAUUUACACAUCGGCGAUCCUAAGAGUUUGUUACACUAAAUAUUGACAUUGACGUUCGGCUAGCCUUACUGUGUGUAAAAGCCUGCGCUACCCUUUAGUUAAUACAUAGCUCGUAAUUUAUUUAUUUGUUUGUUUAUUCAAAUACAGCAAUAUAAGAAAUAAAAAUUCAAGAAGUACAAGUUUUGUACACGAUGGUCGCAACCAAAUGGUACAUUACUAGAUGCCUAAGAAUUGUGCAAGCUAUAGGACAAGACACUGCUAAAGUACAGACGACUAGAAGAUCAGCACGAAAACCAAAAGAACUGUGAGCGAUAGCUUGACGAUUGGCAAUUUUUCGAGGAGUCAGUGCGACAAAACUUAACGCAAAUACGUGCACGUCCACUCAGUUCCAAUUCCAACAGUACAGUAUCCUUAUUGCAGAUUAUAGCGCCCCGUUUCCCACAAGUCUUCAUAAAUGGAAACUCUACGCUUGUAGCAUGGCCUCCGUGAUUGCAGGCGUAGGUUGAGUCUACAAUUUUCGGAAGCCGUGCCUGUGAACAGUGUUUGUACUCUAGUCGUUGUUAGAGGGCAAUAAAAAAGUUGGCGUUACUGUCGUGUGGUUACUGCUUAGUCAGCGUACCUGCUAUUGUUUGCGGCAAAUAAAAGAG